GCUGCCGCUGCGCUGCGCUGCGCAGGGGCGGCGCGGAUCGGAACCAUCGCGGCCAGAAGGGAUGUCGGGCGAUCAGUCCCGCAGCCUGGGCAAGGGCAGCGCGGCGCCGGGCCCCGUGCCCGCGGGGCAGCUCCGGCUCUACAGCAUGCGCUUCUGCCCCUACGCGCAGCGGACGCGCCUGGUUCUCCGCGCCAAGGGCAUCAGCCAUGAAGUAAUUAACAUUAAUCUGAAGAACAAACCUGACUGGUACUUUGAGAAGCAGCCCUCUGGGCUGGUUCCUGUUCUGGAGACCAGCAAGGGCCAGCUCAUCUGGGAGUCCCCAAUCACCUGUGAGUACUUGGAUGAAGCAUUUCCAGAGAAGAAACUGAUGCCUUCAGACCCAUAUGAGCGAGCCUGGCAGAAGAUGCUCUUGGAAGACUUCUCAAAGAUAAUAUCCUUGCUUUUCAAGCAUGUUCUUGCAGUUAAAGAUGGACAGGACACUACUGCACUGAAAGCAGAGAUUGCUGAAAAGUUUGGCAAACUUGAAGAGGCUCUGUCCAAACGCAACACGGUGUUUUUUGGUGGGGACUCAGUCUCAAUGAUUGACUAUCUGAUCUGGCCAUGGUUUGAACGUCUGGAGCCAUUCCAGCUGAAAGAUUCUUUGAAUCACACCCCAAAGCUCCAGCGCUGGGUGGAGGCCAUGAAGAAGGACCCUGCUGUCAAGGCUACGAUAACUGACCCACAGAUAUACAAAAAUUACCUCCAGCUGUAUCUGAAGAACAGCCCUGAGGCAUGUGAUUAUGGGCUCUGAGGUGCCUGCAGGAGUGUCAAGUGUUAGUGCUGCUUUUCAGUGUGGGAAGUCAGUGUAAUUUGUAAUUUCAGGGGCUCUUCUUUGGUUGCAUUUCAUAAUGGGAAAUAAAUCUGUGCUGAAAAGGCUGAGAAAUCUUCUGUGAACCCCACUCCUUCCUGUUGGGGGAAGGAUGUGCUGGCUUCAAGCAGGAGAGGGAAAGUCAUUGAUGGCUGUGAAUAUUGCAUAAAGGAACAUGCCUCUAGUCAAGAGGUGAUGGUCUGUAAUCUCUGGCCUCUUUGUAGGCGUUGCAGUGGGCAGUCCUUGAACUGAUGCUGUUACCUGAUUUAAAAAUUGUAAUACUGGUGUCUUGAAAAUGAAUAAAAAGCAAUGUUGCCUUCAA